AUGUCUACCAAAACGCGCCCCGCCAUGCCACCCGUCGUCAUGAACAGCAUCAUGGAACAAAUUGGCAACACACCACUCGUCCGCCUGAAUAAAAUCCCACAGUCGCUUGGCAUCCGAGCUACCGUUUACGCAAAAGUUGAGGCUUUCAACGCUGGUGGCAGUGUCAAAGACCGCAUUGCCCUGCGCAUGAUCGAGUCCGCAGAAAAGUCUGGUCGCAUAAAGCCUGGCGACACACUCAUUGAGCCUACGUCUGGUAACACUGGUAUUGGGCUUGCGCUAGUCGGAGCAGUCAAGGGAUAUAGGACAAUCAUUACUCUUCCUGAGAAGAUGAGCCCGGAAAAGGUGGCGGUGCUCAAAGCGCUUGGUGCUGAGAUUAUCCGCACGCCCACCAGCGCAGCGUGGGAUAGUCCCGAGAGCCACAUUGGUGUUGCGCGAAGACUGGUCAAAGAAAUCCCCAAUGCGCAUAUCCUAGAUCAGUACUCGAAUGUCGACAACCCGCUUGCCCACGAGUGCGGUACUGCUGAGGAGGUAUGGGCGCAGACGGAGGGCAAGGUCACUAUGCUUGUUGCUGGCGCUGGAACCGGAGGCACAAUUACUGGUCUUGCACGGGGUCUGAGAAAACACAAGCAGGACAUCAAAAUUAUUGCCGCCGAUCCUCAUGGAAGUAUUCUGGCUCUACCCGAAAGUCUGAAUGAAGAGCAUGUGAAUGAGGGGUACAAGGUUGAGGGAAUUGGAUACGAUUUCAUUCCUGAUGUCUUGGAGCAGAAGAUUGUAGACAAGUGGUACAAGACCGACGACCGAUCUUCUUUCCAGUAUGCGCGCAGGUUGAUUGCUGAGGAGGGCAUCCUCUGCGGUGGUUCUUCCGGAAGCGCCAUGGCAGCUAUGGUUGAGGCGGCUCGGGACAUGAACCUGACUGAAGACGAUGUCGUGGUUGUCAUACUACCCGAUAGCAUUCGCAGCUAUCUCAGCAAGUUUGUCGAUGAUGACUGGCUCGCUGCCAACGACCUCCUCCCUCCCACACCUCCACACUCACCUGACUCCAACGCACAUCUCCGCCGCCUCUCCACUAGCAAGAAGUCCGACCCCUUCCAUGGCGCCACUAUCGCUUCUCUGCGUCUGAAGCCCGUCACCACUGUCGCCGCAAACUCACCUUGCAGCGAAGCCAUUGAAACCAUGCGCGAAAAGGGUUUCGACCAACUACCCGUCAGCGUAUACUCCUCCUCUGGCAAGGCCCGAUUAGUCGGUCUAGUCACUCUCGGCAACCUCCUCUCAUACAUUGCCGCCGGCCGCGCCACACCAAAGUCGCCCGUCGAAGAUGUCAUGUUCGAUUUCCGCAAAUUGAACGAAGUCGUCAAGGACCUCGGCCGCCUCUCCCUCGACGGCGACAACGCCAAGAACACGCAAAAGGGCGGCAAGAAGGGCCGAAAAGAAUUUGUUGAAAUUACAAAGGAGACUACCCUUGCCGAUCUUAACAAGUUCUUCGAGUGGAAUAGCGCAGCAGUUGUUACGGAGCAGGUUGAUGGCGAGCACAGGGCUGUUGCUGUUGUCACCAAGGUGGAUUUGCUGACCUGGAUGGUUAGGCAGGGUGGUGCUAAUGGUGCGUCGAAUUAG